UCUUAUGACGACGACGAUGAUGGAUAAUGAUAAGCAUCGAAUCUUUCUCAGAUGGUGAUCAAAGUAAUGUGGAGCCUCGUCCUGGUGGUUGCAGUAGCGUGGGUCACCUGCGCAGAGUUGCCCGAGCGACCUCAGCUGGACCUGGACGAGUGGUGGGGACCGGAAGACGCCAAACGCAAAGCGAACACAACCAUCUGGCCCUUCCAAAUAAAAUUCACUACUGAGAUGAUUAAGGAUUUGAAGAGUCGUCUUCAAAACAACCGCGCAGUCACCCCGCCGCUCUCCGGCACCGGCUUCAACUACGGCUUCAACCAGCUCCAGAUCGAGCCCUGGGUGAAGUACUGGACAGACAAAUACGACUUCAAGCAAAGGGAGAAGUUCCUCAACAAGUUCCCGCAGUACCAAACGAACAUCCAGGGUCUGAAUAUACACUUCAUCUGGGUGAAGCCUCACGUGCCUGCCGGAGUGACCUGCGUGCCUCUGCUCAUAAUGCACGGCUGGGGUGGCUCUGUGCGCGAGUUCUACGAAGCUAUUCCUCUCCUGACUACACCGACCGACGGUUUGGUCUUCGAAGUUAUAGCUCCGAGCUUGCCUGGAUUUGGAUUUUCUCAAGGCACAACCCGUCCAGGUCUGGGCGCAGCGCAAAUGGCAGUAAUCUUGAGGAACCUUAUGUACAGGUUGGGCCACGAGAAGUAUAUCGUCCAGGGAGGCGACUGGGGAGCUUUGACCGGCAGUGCUAUGGCCACAAUGUUUCCGGAGACUGUCUUUGGCUUUCAUUCCAACAUGCUUGGAGAUUUGAGCAAUCCUUCUGAGAUACAAAUCAUCCUCGGCGGAGUAUUUGCCUCCAUACAGUCUCUACAGGCACCCUUGGACCCUGUCUCCACGGCGCUUGUGGAAGAGACUGCCUACUUGCACGAGUAUUCUACGAAGCCUGACACUAUAGGUGCUAUGCUGUCAAACUGCCCGAUCGGCCUGCUCGCGCUCUUCCUAGAGAAGUUCUCAACUUGGACCAACUUAGAGAACCGCAACCUAGAGGACGGGGGACUGUCGAAGAAGUUUACGAAGGAGCAACUGCUUGACAACAUCAUGAUAUACUGGGUCAGCAACAGUAUCACCACAUCGCUCAGAAUAUACGCGGAGACAUUUAGCAUAAGCUAUCGAAAGCUUGGAAUUGAUACGUACCCGUGUAUGACACCUACUUGGAAGUGUGAGGCCAAAAACGAGAAGAUUUUCUACCAGCCGCCGAACAUGAAAAAAUUCCCCUAUCUUAUAGAAGUCUCAAAACUUGGAGACGGCGGCCAUUUUCUUGCGUUCGAACUUCCUGAUCUCUUCGUUCAAGAUGUAUUCAAAGCUGUAAAGGCAUUCAUAAAGUUUCAUGAGGAUGAGGCCGGUCGAUGUGAACUGUAAACUUCCUAGAGGUUUCUUCUAAAGGUGUGGGUACUGACUAACGUUACGAGUUGUAACACAUUUGCAGUGAGCAUGUUACGCCGUGUAGGAUUAAGUAGUUCUUCUAAUUCUGGGAAGUGUGUUUGCCUUUCGAUGUAACAGUGAAUUGACAACACUAACGCAUUUGUGUGAACGUAAAAGAACGUCAACACAACAGAAACACGUUGUUAAGUCUUUUAGAGUGAUACAGGGCGAAACGCCCAACAUCGAAAUCAGCGU